AUGGAGCCAGACUCUGUACGGGAGAUGGAGCCAGACUCUGUACGGGAGAUGGAGUCAAACUAUGUACGGGAGAUGGAGUCAAACUAUGUACGGGAGAUGGAGCCAGACUCUGUACGGGAGAUGGAGCCAGACUCUGUACGGGAGAUGGAGUCAAACUAUGUACGGGAGAUGGAGUCAAACUAUGUACGGGAGAUGGAGCCAGACUCUGUACGGGAGAUGGAGCCAGAUUCUGGACGGGAGAUGGAGUCAAACUAUGUACGGGAGAUGGAGCCAGACUCUGUACGGGAGAUGGAGUCAAACUAUGUACGGGAGAUGGAGUCAAACUAUGAACGGGAGAUGGAGCCAGACUCUGUACGGGAGAUGGAGCCAGACUAUGUACGGGAGAUGGAGCCAGACUCUGUACGGGAGAUGGAGCCAGACUCUGUACGGGAGAUGGAGUCAAACUAUGUACGGGAGAUGGAGCCAGACUCUGUACGGGAGAUGGAGCCAGACUCUGGUGGUUUGCCUUUCCAUCUGUUGGUAUUGACUGGGUGGCUGACUUUAGGGAGUGCCAUGAUAGCAGAAAUCCCCCUUCCCGACAGCCUUGAUAACUGCUUCCGGUCGUUUGCAAGGCAGACAUCCGUCUCACAAACCGUUGGUCAGGCGAUUGGCUACCAUUGUACCCAGCAGUAUAUGUGGCGACAGGCCGGGGUUAAUAACUGGCUGAGAUCAAAUAUCACCAGAGAGGAGUAUGAAUGGUUCUCCAGCUUGCUGUAUCUCUCAAAUCGUAGUAAACGCUACGCAAAGAAAGCGGAGAUACGUGUGCGAAAGGAAAUCCGGGCAUUGACAGAAAGCGAGCGGAACGAUUACCAUAGGGCUGUCCAACUCCUCAAGUCAGAUACGAGUAUUUACCCAAACAAGUAUGACUCGUUCGCUAACCUUCACACCGGUUUGACAACCACUGCAUCUCAUGGGGGUCCCAACUUCCUCGGCUGGCACAGGGUCUACCUUCUCAUGUUUGAGAACGCGUUACGACAGAAGGUUCCGACUGUGACUAUCCCAUACUGGGCUUCUUCCAUGGAUUCAAAGUUGCGGGACCCUACACAAUCUGGAAUCUGGAGUGAGCGUUUCUUCGGGAAUGGGAACGGAUUGGUGAGAACAGGUCCGUACGCGGAUUGGAUGACAAGAUCUGGUCCUCUCAUUCGGAACAUUGGUGAAUCGGGAGGCUAUCUCUUUAGUGACGAAGGAAUACAAAACAUCCUGAGGGAAACACGAACCGCCGCCAUCACCGAACCACAAGCGGCCCCGAACAAUAACCUGGAAUUCCUCCAUGGGCGUAUCCAUGACUACAUCGACGGUCAAAUGUCGAUGUUAGCGACAUCAUCUCAGGAUCCUGUGUUUUUUGCACAUCAUGCUUACGUUGAUUUUAUAUGGGAGGUAUUCCGAAGGAAGCAAAAGCGCUUAGGGAUUGAUCCGCAAAUGGAUUACCCGGAUGUUGUCAAUCAUACUUUACACACCGCAACAGCUCCGCUAGGUUUCGGCAAUCUUCGGAAUAUCGACAGCUACAGUAAUUUACUUAUUGAUGGUAUAUAUGAUUAUGCCCCCGUGCCGUACUGUUCGUUAGAUCAUAGGGACUGUGGAUCGCCCUACCUCCGCUGUGAGGUGAACAACACACAGACUUCCUGUGUAGCUGAAACUGGGGACGUCAUACCCCGAAGUUCGGACCCUAGCGGCAACCAAUCCUCACGGGUUCUCGCGAACUCUAACUCCAAAAAUAGAGAUAACGCUCAGUGGACCACACACGACAGGACAACAAGUAAUGAUGGUAUGCCGUUAGGAAGGAUGAGUACAGGACAAACCAACAGAGUGUAUACCCGACAACAAGUGCCCGGUAUGGUCGGGGGUACCACUUUAGAAUCAAAUAUGGAUUUCGAGAGUAGAUUUUUCGGAGGUAUGGACCCAUCCCUGCUGACUCCGUUACAGGAUGGCACCUCUAACGUCACGAGCAACCAACAAGGGCAGGCAACUGCGUCAGACAAGAUGCAAGGCACUGCUCAAUGUCCAGCUAUUCCCAUAAAUCAGGGAUAUCAAAACACGUACAAUUUAAAUGGAAGAGCCGAUAUUCGUCAAUGGGUGUACUUGCCGGUAAAAAUAAUAUCACGGCGACCGCCAAAUUUUCGUACCUAUCGAUCUUUCCCUGUAAUGGACGGGCGUAUUUCUGAAGAAUCCGACAUCUAUUCUCCAUUAGGCUACGCUAAAUUGAAAGAGCGUUUUGUGUUCGGAAAACUGGCUACAAAUCCGACGUGUCAUAAUGGAAACACAGAUUCUGGAAAAGUGUUUGUCCAGUCAAACGGAAUCAACUAUUUGGGAACUUAUAAGGAAUACGCAAUCGUUGACAAGAGGUUAGCCAUCUCCAUAGCAACAGCCUUUGUAGCUGUUAAGAGUCCCUCGGAAGGGGCAACUGAUGUCAUACUAUCGGCGUUUGAUUCUUGUGGUAGAAUAUGUAUGCCUUUCUGUCGUAUCCCAGAGUCGAACGAGGGUAAUACACGUCCUUGCUCCGGGGCCAUCCGGGUAACAUCAGCACACCCAAAGCUGUACGGCCUUGACUACGGGGAGGCCGUCCUGGGAACAUGGUCCAUGACAGGAGGCGGAGGCUGUCCUACUCUCGACAACAAUCACGUUUUUGUGUCUUUCUACUGCGAUUAUGUAGAAACAUGGCCCUUUGUUGGAACGGAGGCACCAAAUAGUAGUGCUGGUGGUGAAUCGGCUUUGUCACUAACCCCACAUGUUAAUACUAGUCCUAUGCUUGUCAUAUUGGUCAGGGCUGCGUGGUUAAUGAUUUCUGCCGUCCGUGUAUUGAUGGCACCGUGCGCAUGUGCCGGGGAACGUGCUCAUCUUAUGCUCAAUGCCGAGAUGGCGUAUACCUCGUCCAAACGUGUAGGAAUGGACAGAUGUUUCACUUCCCGUCCCAAAGAUGCAUCCCAGGAUUAA